AUGGUAUACUUUAUAGCGUGUCUAUUACUGGCCGCGGCAUACGUUGUAUCUAUUACCGUCUACAGAUUAUUCUUCAGUCCUCUUGCCCGUUUCCCAGGGCCGAAGUUGGCCGCUCUCACAUUCGGCUACGAGUUCUAUUAUGACUUUUUCAAAGACGGAGGUGGUCGAUACUGGGCUGAGAUCAACCGCAUGCAUGAUGUAUCAGGGCCCAUAGUGCGUAUAAACCCGUGGGAAGUGCACAUACGGGAUCCAGAGUUCACCGAAGCCUUCAAAAUCUCGAGAAAGACGUCCAGGCCGUGGUGGUAUUACAGGUCCAAUGGUCCGCCGAAUAGUGUCCUGCAAGCCGGCCCUCAUGAGCUACAUCGAAUGCGCCGCGAGGCUAUCCUGCCCGUGUUCGCCACCCCUCUGGUCAUGUCUCGCGAACACUUAUACGAGGCGCUGGUGCAACGACUACUUGCGAGAUUCCGCGCCACCAAGGGCACCGGCGCCGUAUUGACCUUGGGCCAUGCUUUCCGAUGCCUCGCCAUCGAUCUGACGUGCACCACGAACCUCGGCUACGACUUUGGUUUCGUCGACGUCGAGGACUUUGAGAAUGACAUGUUCAAGAUUGCGAGGACCUUGGGUCGCAUGAACAUGAUCAGCCGGCACAUCGGACACUGGUUCUUCGCGGUGAUGCGAGCGCCCGCACGCUGGGCCAAACGCGCGGAGCCUGCCGUCACAGAUCAGUAUCGUGCUGCAACGACCAAUGACACAACUAUACGCGAAAAGACUGGCGGCGACGGCGACGGCGACAACUUCAAAUCCACCGUGCAACACAUUCUCGAGUCAAAUCUUCCAGCCCACGAGAAGGAGUUGACGCGCGUGGUAAACGAGGUCUGGCUCUGUAUCAACGCGGGCAUCGACACAGAGGGCCAAGCCAUCGCCUUUGCGACCUUUAUGCUCCUAAGCCACCCCAACGAGCUCGCGCAACUCCGCAAAGAACUAGCAGAAUGCGAAAAGAGGCUCGGCAGAUGUCCCACGUACCAAGAGCUGAAGGAGCUAAACUACCUGCACGCAGUCGUCCAGGAAUCGUUCCGUCUAAACCACCCCAUCGCUGGCCGCUUACCCAGAACCGACCCGGACAAUGACAUUCAGUACGGGGACGUGAUCAUACCCAAGGGUGUUACCGUCUCUGUAUCCACGUACGAUAUUUACCUCGACGCCGACAUCUUCCCGGAUCCGCACAAGUUCGAACCCGAACGUUGGCUUGACCCGGGCGAGAGGAAGCGCCUUCGCAAGUACGUCAACAACUACGGCCGCGGGACCCGCAGCUGCGUGGGGAUGGACGUGGCCAAUAUGGGGAUCUACCUGACUCUGGGACGCAUCUUUGCUCCUUCGGCUGGCUUUGAGCUGGCGUUGCACGAUACGCUGUAUGAGCGCGAUGUCGCCUUCGAUGCCGACUUUUUCGGGGCGUUUCCCAAGAGCGGUUCGAACCACAUCAAGGCAACUGUAGUCUAG